AUGGCGAAUCCUAAAGAUGAUCCGGAAUAUGAUGAGUGGUGUGAUCCUGACAAUCCGCGUAAAGUCAAAUAUGAAGAUAUUCUGGCGGCGUCACGACGAAUGGUAGGACAAGUCAUUCGUACACAAUGUCCGCGAGCUCACAUGUCAGAGAAGCUGGGAUUGGAUUUGUAUAUGAAGCAGGAAUUCUUACAGGUUACAGGAAAUUUCAAGGAGCGUGGAGUGCGCAAUACCUUGAUGCUGCUAUCCGACGAACAAAAAAAGUAUGGCGUGAUAUCAGCUAGUUCUGGCAACCACGGCGCUGCGAUGACCUACAACGCGGCUAAGCUAAACAUACCAUGCUUGAUCGUCAUGCCUGAGCAGGCUGCCAUAGCCAAAAUAGUCAAUGCAGAGAGACCUGGUGCGAAGGUUUUACUGCAUGGUAAAAAUAUGGCCGAAGCUAAACGGUUUGCAAUGACUACGGCCAAAGAAAAAAAAAUGAUGUAUGUUAAUGGUUACGACCACCCAAACGUAAUAGAAGGCCAAGGUACCAUUGGUAUAGAGAUAUUAGAACAGUUGCCCACAGUGGACGCUGUGCUCGUACCGUGCGGUGGCGGCAGCUUGCUGGCUGGGGUAGCCAUAGCCAUCAAACAUCUGAAGCCUGACACUGAGGUUUAUGGAAUCGAAACAGAUAAAACUUGCAGCAUGGUGGAAUCGCUUAAGAAAAACGAACGAAUCUUUCUGCCGAUCGAUUCUUCGAUCGCGGAUGGGUUGGCUGUAAACAGAGUCGGAGUGAAUACUUUCUUCAACCUCAAGGGCCUGGUCGAUAAAAUGGUUGUCGUAAAAGAAGAUUGGGUGGCUCGUGCGAUAAUGCAUGUCGUUGAGGAAGAGAAGUUUGUGAUAGAAGGUGCCGGAGCUGUCGGAGUAGCAGCUCUUAUGGCUGGCCUAUUCCCUAACUUGAAAGGCAAAAAAGUUGUAGUGGUGAUCAGUGGCGGCAACAUAGACACGACCACGUUCGGUCGCGCGCUGGAGAGGGGUAUGGCUGCUGAAGGGCGCCUGGUGAAGUUCAAGGUGUCGAUCUCGGACCGUCCCGGCGGGCUGGCGGAGUUGUGUGGCAUGCUGGCAGGCAUUGGCGUCACUUUGCGAGACUGUGUGCCUGAGCGAGUGUGCGUCAAAGAAGCUAUUUUUAAUGUCCAGUUCAAAGUAAUCUGUGAGACGAGAGGAUGGGACCACACUAAGGAGUUGGUAGACGUUAUCAAGAAGCACUACAAGGACUAUCUCUUCCAAGAUAUUAACGAGCACCCCGAAAAGUCUUCGACCGCUAAACGUGGUCCGUGCCUAGCCCCAAAUCCAGUAUGCAUGCAGAAAUAGUAUUUUUUGCAGAAAUAAUAUAUGAUGUCCUAAAGAAGUACAUACCUACUGAUCAGAAUAUAACACUUGUUUUUAGACCCAUGU